CAACGAACAUGAGGACGUUGGUACUUGCAGUAGUAGCACUCGCCUGCCUAGCGGCGGCCGCCGCCAGGGAGCUGGAUGACGACCAGAAAGACCUGGUCGCAGCAGCUAGCGGCAAGAGCAGCCACCAUGAAGAGGGCGGUGGUCACGAGCACCAUGCUCACCACCACCACGACCAUGGCGAGAAGGGACAUAAAGGACACAAAGGUCAUCAUCACCAUCAUAAGGGCGAUCACGGUCAUCACGGCAAACAUCAUCACGGAGAACAUCAUCAUGAGCACGGCGGCGGUCACAAGAAGCACUGGGAUGAGCACGAUGAUCAUGGUCAUCACCACGAGCAUGGACACCACCACAAGGGAGGCAAGCACGGCCAUCAUAAGCAUCAUGAUAAGGGAGAAGAGACCGACGGCUAUCACAAGAAGUACCACAAGGACCACUUCCACAAGGAUCAUCACUUUUACGAUGACCAUCACAAGGAAGGCAAACACCACAAGCACGGCCAUCAUCACGGACAUCACGACCACAAGGGAGGUCACCACAAGAAGGGCGGUCACGGCGAGCACGGACAUCAUGAGCAUCAUCAUGGUAAGCACGGUCAUCAUGACAAGCAUCAUCAUGAUGAGCACCACAAGGGCCAUAAGGGACAUCACGGUCAUGAGGAGCAUCAUCAUCACCAUCAUGAUCAUGGCAAGAAGGGCGGUCAUCAUGACCACAAAGACUGGGGCUUCCACCACGGUAAACACUAACUUACAUAAUUUCUGUGAUAUCUCUCGUUUACGUUACGGGUG